GCUUCGACAACACACUGGGGAAGGGGCAGCAGGGGUAAACGUCGAGGAAACACAUCGUGGAUGCACUACCAGAGAGGACGUCUGCCACCUCCACCGGAUCCCUUGGAAAGAUGAGAGGAGAGAGUAAGAGAAUACGCAUGUUGAGAGAAGUCCUCCAUGGAGCUCGAUUGGACUUCAGUGUGCUGCUGCCGAGGAACGCUGCACCCCUGGUCGUCCUUUGAAAACCAUUUGCAUCUUCAACUUGGAAAACUGGCAUGGAACACCACAGAUACCUCUGAAUUAUUUUAGCUGGAAGGAGUAGAGUAGAAAAAUAAUUUGGUCAAGAACUCAAAGAUAGAUUUAAAGGAGGUGAACCAGAGAACGAAGUGAAGAGGUGAAAGACAAGACAAGUAGAAAGGUUUUGGUUUCUGAUCUCCACGCCGACCACCCCGUCCACUCAUUUGACUUGAAACGCAGAGGUGGUGAGGGUCGCUAAAAAAGCCAUGGAUACAGCUACAGAGGGUGUUCAGGAGGAAAUGGUAAGUGAGGCUCUUGUUCAGUUCAAUACCACCUUGCAAGCUGCUAUAAGGGAGGUACACGUGGACGUAAGUGCUUUCAAGCAGCGCAUAGAGCAGAGGAUCGAGGAGGUGUGCAUCUCCAACGGACCCUUGGCCGAGGCGGUGACCAGGCUGCAGGAGGAGAACCUGCAGCUCAGGGCAAAGCUGGAGGCCCUCAGCCUUCUGGUGGAGGGUCUUGCCGGGGUAAAAGUGGGGAAGAGUCCCGCUCAAGUGACGGGGAAGAACAGGGAGGAAAGUAUAGAGAAUGGACACGUACAGAUACAGUCCAAGAUCCAGGAAGACAAGACGGGUUUGCUCAACUCUGGAGGAUCAGAGGAAUUCCUGUCAAGCCAGUCCACAUCCACAAUCUCUGAAUCAUGUGGGUCAAGUGGAGGAUCAAGCCACGCUGCUGCUGCUGUUGCUGCUGCUGCUCCAUGGAGAGCAAAGAGACAUGCUGAGAUUAACGGCACUGAUGCAAAAGGAGAGAAAAAUGUCGCCACGGCCGCAGAGGAGAACGGCAAGCAAGAAGGUUCAUCCGUGGACUCUGAUGCAGCCCAAAGUGCCGAAGCUGCUCCCCAGUCCCACCAGGCUCUCACCGCCGUCACAAAGCCGAGCCCAGAGUCUCCCGUCGUAACGAACUCUCCUCAGUCUACAGUGGAAACACCCAAAAAGCCCGACCAGGAAGAUUCAGGUCUUCUGACCAAACCUCAUCUUCCCCUCACUGCGAUGACGAAAGCCAGCUCCGAAGCUCCGUCUGUUCCUGCCGCCUCAGUGCUCAAAGCUACAAAAGAAACUCCCGCGAAAUCAGCGGAGUCUUCUGCUAAACGUGAUGCUGACGAACCCCUGCCCCAUCUUCCUGUCACUGCCAUGACAACCAAAGCCAGUCCUGAGGGUCUGCUUACCACCAAAUCUGCUCCGUCUCCAGCUUUAGUCCCUAAAGCAGCCGGCCAUCCUGCAGCAGAGGCUCCCGCAGGGGAAGCAGGGGAAUAUUCUUUCACAAGAGGUACAUCUGGGGCAAAGGAGCUGAGGUCCCAGGAGCAGUCAGGCUCUGGAUCUCAGGCCUUGCCUCAUUUUCCCCUCACAGCUGUAACCAAAAGCAGCUCUGAGACUUCUGCUCCAUCUAAAUCUGAUCAGAGUCCUGCUUCUGCACCCAAUCCUUCAGUGCCACAAUCCCCGACAAUAAAGCGAGGCGAAUAUCCCUUUAGACGUGACGUCAGCGAACCCAAGCCACACUUGACUCUCUCUGCCAUCACCAAACCCAACACGGAGUCUUUAUCAUCAGCUACUCCAGCGCCAUCUUCAAAUAUUUCGGCAUCACAGGACCCUACAGUAAAACCUGGGGAGUAUCCCUUUAAGCGGGUACCAGUUCUCAAGACACCCAGUCCCAGUCUGAAGAGGAGUGUGAGCUUCCCUCAGUCUGCAGAAAAAUUACUUCCCUCCAAAUCAAUCAUAAAAUCGGGUUUCUCGCCUAAUUUGGAAAAGAAAACGAACAAGCCAGGGGGGGUUGAGUUUAAACAGGAUAUAAUGAAAUCACAAACGCUUCCACGCUCUAACGGGGCUCAGGCCAAACGGGCUCUCUUUGAAAGGAUGAACUCAGAGCCGACCAAGCCGAAGGACUCCAAGCCGAAACUGAAGCGCUCUCAGAGUUUCGGAGUGUCCAGUGCCAGUGGUAUAAAACAGAUUCUCCUGGAGUGGUGCCGCUCAAAAACCAUUGGCUAUCAGAACAUAGACAUUCAGAACUUCUCGUCCUGCUGGAGCGAUGGGAUGGCUUUCUGUGCUCUGGUUCACUCUUUCUUCCCUCUGGAGUUUGAUUACAACACGCUGGACCCCGCGAAACGCAAACACAACUUACAGCUGGCGUUCACCACUGCAGAGGAGCAGGCUGACUGUCUCCGUCUGAUCGAGGUGGAGGACAUGAUAGAGAUGGGGGACAAGCCAGACCCCAUGUGUGUGUUUACAUACGUCCAGUCCCUCUACAACCACCUGAAGAAGUUUGAAUAACUCUGUAUCAGAGUAGAUGAGAAUAAUCUAGAUGUUUUUAACCACAGUGUGUUGUGAACACUUUGAAUGGGCUGAAUUAAUGUGGAGCCCAAAACCACCCUGUGAAUCCACUUAAACUAUGACAGUAGAGUUUGACAAGUAGUUUUCUCUGUCAACACACAGUCACAGUUUUAUACUGUAUGCAUGUGUUCACCAGUUUCCCCCCAUUCCCUUUAGCUUUCAUAGUGGACUACUGAUUCUUAAAAUGCAGUGUCUUAUGACAAGUAUUGUGAUGUGUGUGGCUCUAAUGUUGCUGUAUUUACAACUAAAAAGGGCUUUUGUGUAACUCUCACAUCAAUAACAAAGCCGUAAUAAAAGGAAGCAAAUUUGAGGAAUGAUCGAUCAGUGAUGUUACAAAUUAAAAGUUAGAGAUGCUCCAGUAACAAUAAAUUAAAGUCUUGCCUUUUGACUCUUGUAAUGUGGCAGAAUAAAGCUAUUUUAUAAUA